AUGAAGACCUCUGUGACUUUGGUGCUGGCCGCCGUGGCACUGAUGGGCCUGGCCGCUGGACACAGCCGUGAAAGACGAGACACAGCUAGGAAGGAGUUCCUCCUCCGGCAGAAGAAACUUCUGCAGCUCAUAUGGCAUGUCGGACAACCUGCACUGCAACCUGAACUGAAGGAGAUGGCCAGUUCCUUUAAGUUUGAUGAGCACGUUGGAGACUUCAAGGAUCCAGAAAUUGUCAACAAAUUCGUCAAUUACUACACACACGGCUACAUCAAGAAGCGCGGCGAACAGCUGCCGGCCCACUUCAAGUACGACGAGCUUCAGGUCAAGGCACUCGUCGAUCUCCUGUACUCCGCCAAGGACUUCGACACCUUCUACGAGACAGCCGCCUGGGCCAGGGAACACGUGAACGAGGCUCUGUUCUGCUACGCAAUCAACGUCGUUAAGCUGCACCGCGACGAUCUUUUCCACCUCGCGCUGCCGCCCUUCUACGAGCUCUACCCCCAGCUCUUUGUCAGUAAUGACAUCAUCAAGGAGGCGUGGCAAGCUACCCUACAAGGGAAGACUUUCAACAAGGGGCACCCGUACGUGAUCCAUGCCAACUACAGCGGCCCCCCUUAUGCUGACGAAGCUGACGAGCUGCUGUCCUACUACACUGAGGACGUGGGCCUGCUCGCCUUCCGAGACUUCAUGCACUACCGCUUCCCUUUCUGGGCCAAGAUGGAGGACUACAACCAGGCCAACGACACCAACCGAGGUGACCACUUCUCCUACGAUAUCAAGGCCACCCUCAGCCGGUACUACCUAGAGAGGCUCUCGAACCACCUCCCUGACAUCGAACCCCUUGACUUCGAGGAACCAGUCCCAGGAGUCGAGCUGGACAGCUCACUCACACGGUACCUCAGCACAGUGGAGGAAAGGCUUUGGGAAGCAAUCGAUUCUGGAUACGUACUUGACACCGAGCUCAAGAAUCACUCUCUUCAUGAUCCAUCGAGCUUUGAGAUGUUCGCUCGAAUCGUUGAAGGUAACGCAGACUCCAUCAACAAGGGUUACUACGGUUCAUUCUACAACCGGAUGCUGGAGUACCUGGGUCACAACGGCGGCUGCUGCUUUUACCACCUGACAAAACCGUCCAUGUUGGGCACAUCAGCAUCUGCCUCCAAAUCUCCUCUGUACUACAAGAUUGUUAAGCGAGUUGCUCUGGCACUGGACGAGUUCAAGAGCCGCCUGGGACCUUACUCACAGAAAGAGCUGUUGCUGCCUGGCGUGACAGUGGAGAGCCUGACCGUUGACAAGCUGGUCACGUACUUCGAGGACUACGACUUCGAGCUGAACAACGCUGUUCCGGUGGCGAGCCUGGAAGAGGCCGCCAGACUGAAUGUCGUGGCCCGCACCCAACGUCUGACGCACGUUCCCUUCAACUACAACAUUAAAGUUACCAGUGACAUGGAGGUGGACGUCUUCGUUCGCUUCUUCAUUGGCCCGGUCUACGACGCCUAUGGCAAGGAGCUGCCUCUCGACGAGAAGAGGCACAACAUGGUCUAUGUCGACUCAUUCAGCGUAAAAUUGAAACAGGGAGUGAAUAAGCUGCUGAGGAAGUCGAAGGACAUCAGCUCGUACAGCCAGCUCCCGGUCAGCUACAACAAGCUGUACGAAGCUACGGAGGCCGCCCUCGCUGGUGGGACACAGCCGCUCCCCGACUACAUCUUGCGCAUAUUCGGAGACGUGGAUCGCCUGGUGCUGCCGCGUGGAACCCGAGAAGGUCUCCCGCUCUGCACCUACGUCAUCAUCAGCCAGUGCUCACCCAGGAGCAUCAGAAACACUGACCCAGUCAUCGACAACAUUUGCCCCAAAAACUCCCUAUUCCCAUUCGACAGGCCCAUCGAUGAGCUUGAGUUCAACGUGCCCAACUCGUUUUUCGGCGAAACUGUCGUCUUCCACAGGAACGCCGACGAGAUCGUUAGGAUCUGA